CAAUUAAACGUGAAGAAAAAAUGAAGAGCUUAUUAUGUGUGUUUCUGUUGGUUUUGGUUUUAGUGGAAGGGUGUUGGAAGCAAGAGAGAGAAGCUCUUAUUGCUCUGUCUUGGGUAAACAUCGGUACUGAUUGUUGUGAGUGGGUUGGAAUUGAAUGCAACACUACCACUGGAAGAGUCACCAAAAUCAAACUUCAAUCUUACAAUACCGGAUCACUUAACUAUUCGGAUUUUGCAAUCUUCAAAGAUUUGACGACUCUCGACCUGUCCGGGUCUGGAAUAUCCAAUUGUACAAGAACUGAUCAAGGGUUGAAUAAUUUGGAAGUUCUUGACUUGGGUUUCAAUCUUUUCUAUAAUGCUAUCAGCAUUUUGUCUUGUUUGGAUGGACUUUCUUCUCUUAAAUCUCUAUCGUUAGCUGAUACGAGCGUUAUGGUUUCAUUUCACGAUUUUCAGACAGUUUUGGAGACAAUUCCAUCAAAGUUGCUACAUUUGGAGGUCCUUGACAUAAGUUACAACAAUUUGAGUAAUGAAAUCCUGCCUUCACUAAGGGGAUUCAAAUCUUUGAAGGAACUCCAUUUGAGUGUGAUUGGAUUGGACUCAGAUCUUCAUAUACAAGGAUUAUGCGCCAUAUUAAAGAAUCUCGAGAUCCUUGACCUUUCGAACAACAACUUCAAAGAAACUGAUAUUGCAUCUGCUCUUAGUGGACUUUCUUCACUCAAGAGUUUAAGUUUAGGAUGGAGUCAACUUACAAUGAGAUCAAUUCAUAAUAUAUCAAAACUGAGGUCUUUGGAGAUCCUUGACUUAUCUUCAAACAAUAUGAACUUAUGGACCCUAGAGAAUCAUGGAUUUGAAUUUGCAUGGCCCUCCAGUUUACAAGUUCUUUCGUUGAGCCACAACAGUUUGAGCAACAAUAUUCUUUCACAUCUAAAUGAUAUAUCAAAACUGAGGUCUUUGGAGAUCCUUGACUUAUCUUGGAACAAUUUAGGCAACAAUAUAUUUUCAUCCCUAAAUGGUCUUCCACGUCUCAAAUCUCUUGACUUAAGUUACAACAACUUGAAUGGAUCGCUUGAUAUUAGUGGAUUGUCAAAUUUAACCAGCUUGAAGAUUCUCGAUUUUACUAGUAAUCAAUUAGUCGAUUUAAUUGUUCGUGAAGGAUCAAAAAAUUUAAGCAGAUUGGAUAUUCUUAAUUUAGAUUCCAAUAUGAUAAAUGGAAGCAAUCUACAACAGUGGUUAUGGGCUUUCCCAUCUAUUAGGAAUCUUACUUUGAGAAAUAACCAGUUUAAAGGGACAAUUCUUGAUGGAGAUUGGUCGAAGCUUAAGAAGUUGGAAGAGUUAGAUCUAUCAGGCAAUGAAUUUGUGGGGAAACUCCCCUCAUCUUUUUUCAACAUGACAUCACUUCUUACCUUGAACCUUUCUAAUAAUCACUUUAUUGGUAAUAUUGGUCCUAACCUUGCAAGUUUUACUUCCCUUGAAUAUCUGAAUUUUGAAGGAAACCAAUUCGAAUUCCCUAUUUCAUUCACACAAUUUUCCAAUCAUUCAAACCUUAAGUUCAUCUACGGUAAUGGGAACAAAGUCAUCCUUGACUCACACUCAACUAUGAAAACAUGGGUUCCCAAAUUUCAGUUGCAAGUGCUUCAGUUGUCAUCAAUAACCGAGUUCAAUUCCAUUCCACUUCCAAACUUUCUUCUUUACCAAUACAAUUUAACUUAUGUGGAUUUCACUGGUUGUAAACUAAGAGGAGAGUUCCCAAAUUGGUUAUUAGAAAACAACACAAAAAUGGAAAAUCUUAUUCUUCAAAAUUGUUCCUUUGUAGGAAAUUUCCAGCUUCCAUCCCAUCCUCCUCUCAACAUGGCAACAAUUGAUGUAUCUUACAAUGCAAUAACAGGUCAAAUGUUGAGUAAUAAUAUCAGUUCAAUUUUUCCAAAUUUGGUUCAUCUAAACAUGUCUAGAAAUGCAAUUCACGGUUCAAUUCCUUAUGAGCUAUGCCACUUGAGCUCUUUAAGGGUUUUGGACCUAUCUGAUAAUGAAUUGUCUGGAGAAAUACCAAAUAACUUGUCUGGAGAUGGGAGUCAACUCAUUGAUUUGACAUAUUUGUUGUUGGGUGGAAAUAGCCUUUCUGGUAGCAUCCCAAGUAACCUUUUUAACUUAUAUAGUAUCAAAGGUUUGGACCUAAGUAAUAAUAAUUUCACCGGAAAAAUUUCAAACCAAAUAAAAAAUAGUUCAAGCUUGAUUGAGCUUUCCAUGUCCAAUAAUCAUUUAGAAGGGUCAAUUCCAUCGGAGGUUGGAGAACUUGAAAGUCUUACAUUUUUAGAUCUUUCACAAAACAAUUUCUCAGGCUGUGUUCCUUCUUUUGUAAACAUUUUUCCCACCGUUAUCCAUUUGGGCAACAACAAAUUAAGUUGUUUAUCCAAAAACAUGUUCGGGCGGAAUCUUGUUUUGUCUUUUCCCCUACUGACUUUAGACCUUAGCAGCAAUGAAAUAUCAAAUGGAAUUCAUGAUCUAAUACAUGACCUCCGUGAUACCGGCUUGAAAUUUCUCCUUAUGAAAGGUAAUAACUUCACAGGGAAUAUACCAAAGCAAUUAUGCCACCUUACUGAUUUAGAUAUACUAGACCUUUCUUACAAUAAUUUUAUUGGGGAAAUACCUAGUUGUUUGGGUAAAAUGCUUUUUGAGAAUGAGGAUCCAGAUGGAACAGUAUUCUAUGAAGCCAUAUAUGGUGUUGAUAGAAUAUAUAACAGAUUUGGGAAAGAGAGAGAAAACUUUACUUCAAAGAAGAGAUUAGAAACGUAUACAGUAAGUAUUCUUAUUUAUAUGUCUGGAAUUGAUUUAUCUCAUAAUAAGUUAAAUGGUAGCAUCCCAUAUGAACUAGGAAACUUGACAAGAAUUCGAGCAUUGAACUUGUCCAACAAUCUUUUAACUGGGAAAGUUCCAGCAACAUUCUCCAAUUUGGUACAGGUUGAGAGUUUAGAUCUUUCUUUCAACAUGUUGAGUGGCCAAAUUCCUCCUCAGCUAAGUGGAUUGCACUACCUUGAAGUAUUUAGUGUGGCGCACAACAAUUUAUCUGGUGCAACACCUGAAUGGAAAGGACAACUUAGUACAUUUGAUGAAAGCAGUUAUGAGGGUAAUCAAUUUCUUUGUGGGCCUCCAUUGCCAAAAAGUUGCAAUCCAAGUGAACAAGCACCUGCUACAUUACCAAAUGGUUUGAACAAUGAUGGAGAUAAUGAUAUUUGGGUGGACAUGUAUGUUUUCCGUGUGAGCUUUGUUGUGGCAUACACAUCAAUAGUGUUGGUAAUUCCAAUUGUUCUGUACAUCAAUCCUUACUGGCGGCAGGCAUGGUUUUAUUAUAUAGGAUUGGUGUGUAUGAAUUGCUACUACUUCAUCGUGGACAACUUGUACAAGUUUUUUUAUUAGUGGUAAUGUAUUACAUUUGAGGUUGUAUGUCAUGAAUAUCUAUUUUGUUUACGCUAUUUGUAAUUCAAUAAUGAAGUCACUUUGGUUUAGUGUAGGAAAAUGAUUUAAA